GGGGCCGGAGCGGGCCCGGAGCGGCGGCUGAGGCGGCGCGAGCGCUCGCAGCACGGCCCUUUGUCACUUCCCGGGAAAACUCCGAAAGCAAAGCCCUCGUUCCGCUGCUAGCAUCCUCCGUUACCCGCGCUGAAACCCCACAGACCUUUCCUAAUGCCGUGGGGACGAUGCCGUGAGGCCUGGUAAGGCUCGGCCAUAGCCAUGACAGAGCCGCACCGGGUGUCGUUCACCACUCUGCACGGGCCCCUGAGCAGCAGCUUCCUCAAGAGGUCUCGCAAGGACGAGGCGGAGCAGCCCCCGGAGGCGGAGCCGGCGGCCACGGCCGUGCGCAUCACCCUGACCCUCUUCGAGCCCGACCACAAACGCUGCCCCGAGUUCUUCUACCCCGAUCUCCUCAAGAGCUGUCGGGGGAAAGUGAAAGGGAGCUCUUCAGGUGAUAAGAAGAAAGACCCAGCUGAUCCCUUCAAUGAUGAAGAAAAGGAAAGGCACAAAGUGGAGGCUCUUGCUAGGAAGUUUGAAGAAAAAUAUGGUGGCAAGAGGCGCAGGAAGGACCGGAUCCAGGAUCUGAUUGAUAUGGGCUAUGGCUACGAUGAGUCCGACUCCUUCAUCGACAACUCGGAGGCUUAUGAUGAGCUGGUUCCUGCCUCUCUCACCACCAAGUAUGGAGGGUUCUACAUCAACUCAGGCACGCUGCAGUUCCGGCAGGCCUCUGAGUCUGAGGAUGACUAUGUCAAAGAGAAGAAGAAGAAGUGUCCCAAGAAGCGGAAGUUGAAAGAUGGGGGUGAAAAAAUAAAGAAGAAGAAGAAGGAUGAUUCUUAUGACAAGGAAAAGAAAUCAAAGAAGUCCAAGUUUCCAAAAGCUGGCUUCACAGCAUUAAAUGCAAGUAAGGAGAAGAAGAAGAAGAAAUACUCUGGAGCUCUCAGUGUCAAGGAGAUGCUGAAGAAGUUCCAGAAGGAGAAGGAUGCUCAGAAGAAGAAAGACGAAGAGCAGAAAGCGGUGGCCCCUUCCCCAGCAGACCCUGCAGGCCCAAGGGAGGCAGAGGCCAUGGCUGACCCUCUGCUGUCCCUCUUUGGGCACGCCAGUGACAGUGACCUGCUGCAGGCAGCCUCAGCCAUGGACUCCCUGAGCGAGCUGGACCUGGAGCGGCUGCUCAGCGAGUCCCCCGAGGGCAGCCCCUGCCCUGAGCUGGAGGAUGGCAGCGACCCUGCCUUGGAGCAGGAGUUCAAGCAGCCCCCAUCCCUCCCCGAGGGGCUACCUGCCCCCCUGGAGAAAAGGAUCAAGGAACUGGCUCAGGCUGCCAGAGCUGCUGAGGGAGAAGGCAAGCAGAGAUUCUUCACUCAGGACAUCAACAACAUCAUCCUGGACAUCGAGCUGCAGACGCGGGAGCUCAGCAGCCAGGUGCGCUCGGGGGUCUACGCCCACCUGGCCACCUUCUUCCCCUGCAGCAAGGACACGCUGCUGAAGAGAGCCCGCAGGCUCUACCUCUACGAGCAGGGCGGGCGCCUGAAGGAGCCUCUGCAGAAGCUGAAGGAAGCCAUUGGAAGGGCCAUGCCAGAGCAGGUGGCCAAGUACCAGGAGGAAUGCCAAGCCCAUACUCAGGCCAAGUUUGCCAAGAUGCUGGAAGAGGAAAAAGACAAAGAGCAGCGAGUUUGUUCUGAUGAUGAUGAGGAUGAAGAAAAGGGAGGGAAGCGUGUCGCGGGCCCGCGGAAGAAAUUCCAGUGGAAUGAUGAAAUCAGGGAGCUGCUUUGCCACUUGGUGAAGAUUAAAUUGGAUGGUUAUGACCUUGACAAGAAUAAGGCUCAGUCUCUAGAGGAUUAUGUGAAGACCUUCCUAGAAGGAGAGGUGAAGCCCCUUUGGCCAAAAGGCUGGAUGCAGGCCAGGACACUGUUUAAGGAGAGCAGGCGUGUGCACGGACACCUCACAUCAGUCCUGGCGAAGAAGAAAGUCAUAGCUCCUACCAAGGUGAAAGUGAAGGACUCUUCCUGCAAGCCAGACAAGAAGCUGUCGGUGUCUGUCCCUUCCCUGCACUCGAGCAGCACCUUGGCCAUGUCCUCAGAGCCCCAGGGAGGAGCCCUGGGCAUCAGUGCCCAAACCAGGGAGCUCUUGUCCCUUGGGACAGCCCAGGCUGCCAGCAGCACUGCUGCUCCUGCCACCUUCAAGGAUGAUUCCUUGGAUGAGGACUUGAUUCACAACCCCACCUCCUCCCUGGAAGCCGUGUCCAAGGAACUGGCUGUGCUCAACAGCAGGGCAGCAGGGAGCCCUGACUUUACUCUUCCUGCAGCUCCAAAAGCUCCACCAGAGAAGAUCCCAGCUCUUGCAUCCUCAGAGGAGAAGAGGACAUUUCCAAAGCCGAACCCUUCCCUUUCAUCAUCCUCUGGUUCCCUCCAGUCUCCUCUAAACUUCCUAGCUGAGCAGGCCCUGGCGUUGGGCCAGUCUUCUCAAGACAAGAAGACAGAGAACUCUAAUUACAAAGAACAUUCCUGCCAAGCCUCCCCUAGCAAAAUCCUUCCUGAUGCCCACCAGGCCAAACAGAAGCACCACAGCCUGGUCAGGCCAGGCCACGGGCCGCCGGCCUCGGCGCCGGUGCCGGGCGCUCAGGUGAAGGUGUUCCACCCUGGUGCUCAGCUCCAGAAACCCUUCACCUCCCCAGCUCCCUUUGUCAAACUGCAGAAUCCCAAAUCCUCCACCCCCCUGCCCCAGCGCUCCCUCCUCCAGCAGGUCAAGUCAUCAACCAAAGCUCAGAGCUUCCAUUCCUCCGCGUCCCCGGGCAGCACCCAGAACUCCAGCAGCUCCCACAAGAGCCAAGGCUUGUCCUCCUCCUCUCUCAGCUACACCGGGAAGCACUCGAGCGGCUCCGGCUCUUCAGGACAAUCUUACAAAUCCCCUUUUGUCGCUGGCUCCCUCUCCAAGCACGGGGCUUCUUCCAGCAGCUCCUCUGGAGCUCCUGCCAACCAGGGCGGCUCCUCUGGGACUUUGCUCGCCGGUGUUGCGGCCCCGUCCCCGGGCUCGGCCUCGGGCCGCCCGGCCUCGGGCUCCUCGGUGAAGAAACCUCCCGUGGCCCAGAAGCUGACCCUGGUGGCACCUCCUGGGGGCUCCAACGGGGAUUCCAGCGGGGGCACCCAGGGCGUGGCCAAGCUGCUGACCUCGUCCCUAAAGCCAGCUGUGGUCAGCAGCACCGCAGCCUCUACCUCUGUGCCGAAAGGAACUAGUGGAGCUGUGCUGCUAACAAGCUCUUCCUCCUUAAGUGUACUGGCUCCAUCCUACAAGUCCAACAACCCAAAGCUGCCAGCUGCCCUGAGCUCCACCCCGUUAGGUAUUAUCUCUCCUAUUCAUUCUUUCCCUCUCCAUGUCAUCUCCUUCAGUUCCGACUCCUCCCCCAAAGCAGGAGUUUCCAAGGAUGCAAUAGUUACAGGACCUGCUCCAGGAACUUUCCACCACGGCCUCGGGCACAGUCUUCUGGCUGGUUUGCACUCCAGCCCCCACCACGCAGCGCCACUCCCACACUCUGCCCUGGCCACUCACUUACCACAGAGUUUGCCAGCAGGAUGCAGGGCCAGAAGACCACUGGGAAUAAGUGAAGGAGAAUUGACCAUGGAUCCAGCUCAGCAAGGACCUCCUUUCUCACUUGGUGUUUUCACUUAAAGAUAGGGGAUGGAGCCUGGUGCUGCCAUCUCUUGGAUCAUUCCCAGUUCUGGUGUUUUGGAGGAGAACACAGCAGAUAUUUAAGUGACUCCCAUAAGCUUAAAAUGAAUUCCUGUGUUUUGUGGCACCAGCUGUGUUUGGCUGUGCCAACACCUGCCCACAGCUGCAUUGCUGUGUCUGAGCACUGGAGCUGCCUGGGAGGUUGCUGCAAGUGCAAGGGAAUGUUGAUGCCUUAAAUAAAAGUGCUUUUAUAUCCAUGUACAUCCAAGAGCCUCUGAGCAAAGAGCAUCCAGUGCUUGCCUGUGUGUGGUUGGUGCUUCUGUUGCUGGUGGAGGUUCCUUGUGCUGGGAAUGUGGAGAUGGGAUGUGCUGGGCUGAGCUCUUGCAUGCAGAGGAGCUGUUCUUGGCCUGGAGGAGAAGCUGCUGCUGCACUGCUGGGUGCCACUGCUGCUUGGCUGCACGUCUCAGUGCUCCCAUUUGUCCUUCACAGUCUGAAGUGGUUUUUAUUGCUCCUGGAAAACUUUUGCUUCCUUAAACUUCCUUUUUCUCUCUUCAGUGCAUUUUCUCUUGUCCUCCACAUCCAUUCCUUUCUGUUUCAUCAGUGGUGAGAUUCCUAUGGAUCCUGUUGCUAUCAGUGGGCACCUAAAGCCUUCAUUUAAAAAGCACCUAAUUAAAUAGUUCAAAAAAACAACCAAUAAAGCACUUAAAGCCCUACCUAAAAGGGGUUUCUAGGUGAGGGGUUGGCCUCUUCUCCCACACAACCAGUGACAGGACAAGAGGAGAUGGGGAAAGUUUAGGUGGGACAUCAGGAGGAGUUUCUGUAUGGAAAUGGUGGUCAGGCAUUGUCAGGGGCUGUCCAGGAAGGUUUGGAGUCCCCAUCCCUGGAGGUGUCCAAGGAAGGCCUGGACAUGGCACUCAGUGCUCUGGGCUGGGGACAGGCUGGGGUUGGGUCACAGGUUGGUCUCCUUGCCCUUUGAGGUCUUUUCCAAACUCAGUGAUUCUGUGAUUACAACAGCAAAAGUGUUCAACAGGUUCCUUCCAACCACCUUAGGGGCAAGGCAACCCCAGCAUGUGUUUUGGGAUUCCUGGAGGGGGAGAUGUGGCAGGGGGUAUUUAGAGAAGGGCCCAGGCUAAGGAGCUCCCUGGCAGCUGGAAUUGUGCCUGGGGCUUCUGCUGGGAGCCCACAGGGGACCCUCAGUGCUUCCUUUGUCCCUUCCUCAGAGGCUGCUCCCAGGGCAGAGAUGUCUCCAAGCACAUCCUCUUCUUCUGCAUCCCUUGGUGCUGGGAAGGAGGAGUAGGUCUUUCCAAACUCUGUGCAGAGGCCUGGCUGUCCCAGCUGCCCUUUGGGGGUGCUGAGCCCCUUCCCAGCUGUUUUAUUUUCUUUCAGAUGCUUCUCAGCUUCACGGCAAAGGGUCCAAUGCACAGCAGCGCAAGUUGUGACGCCUGCAAGGAGGGGAGCUCCAGCACCCAUAGGAUAAAACCCAGAGGAACAGCUCAUGGACUUUGGAUACCAGCUGUGUCUUUUGAUUUCUUUUUUUUUUUCCUAUUUCUUUUUUUUUAUGACAACUGGAGAGACUGAACUGCAACAAGGAACUCAUUGGGGCGUCUGCUCAGAGGCUUUCAGAGCUGAGCCCCACCCCUGGGGCCACCUGGAGCCAUGCCCUGAUGAGAGGAGCCUUUUGUAGCACUGUUUAUUGCUGCUGCCCUUCCUGCAUUCCCUGGCACUGGCAGGAGCUGGAACUCACAGGGAGGCUGGGCUGGUCCUGCAGUGGAUUCCCACCCUCCUGUGUCUGUAGCUGCCAAGUACCUCCAAGUCCAGUUACCUCCUUGGUCUCCCUGUGGAGGGUAUGAAAGGUGCUUCUUUCUUCUGCUUUGGAUUUACUUGGAUAAUUCUAGCACUGCCAGUGCUUUCUUGAAGACAUUUGAGGAACUUUCCAAUUGUACUAUAAAACUGUGCUACACUUCAUUGGAGGAUUUAAUAUUUCCUGUGUGGUGAAUGUGAGGAACCACCUGAUGUUCCCCUCUGGAGGAGAAGGAAGACUCUCUAGAGACUAAAGACAUUUUUAGAUGCAGUCAUCGACUUUUAGAAUUCUACUUCUUUUGAGUUUUUGGAUUUUUUUCCCUCCAAAGGGAUGCUUUUUUCCUGCUCAGUUUUAUCCUCAUUGCCAUCGAAUGCAUUGGAUUGAAUGGGACACCUCUUAGCAUGUCACAUGGAUGGGAAGACAUAAUUCCAGUGCCUUUUAUGGUGGAGCAAGAAUGGACUAGUGACACACAUUUCAGCCCUAUUUUGUGUGCUCCUCAACCCUUUUUUAAUCAUUCUGUAUUUAAAAUGUAUUCUGGUUUAUUUAAUAGAGCUUUUUAUGGUUGCACAUCAGAAGAAAAAAAAAAAAAAAAGCUGCACUGUCUGGACUUGAGUGGUGACCUGGUGACUGAGCACAGUCCCAAAUCCAGCAGGAGCACCAGUUCCCAUCCCAGUCUGUGCAGGCGGGUCCCAGGCCCUCCCCUAAAGCCAUUCUUUCCUAGGGUUGUGAGUUAGGAUCAAUUUGGUGGGCAGAGGGAAUGAGUGAGAUGAGCCAAGGUCACGACCUGUCCAAUGAAUUCCAGAGAAAAACACCUCAGUGGUGCCUGCACCAGGAUCAUGUGCACAGCAAGCUGCAGGAACAGGGACCAUCUACAGUCUGGGGGUGUCUUCUCUUGUUCAUUUUUUAACUUCAGAGCUAAAUACUCCCCCUGUGCACCCCCUUUCAGGCUAAGGGCAGGCUGAGGCUCCACCUGAGCUUUCUGAGGUUUGGUUUCCUGCUCUGCCCAGUCUGUCUUCUCUCAGGCCCCCCCAGCCACGUCCCAGUUGUGCAGGGGUAGUGCUGAUCCAUGUAGAAUUUACUGGUAUUCCAAGGAAAGGCUUGCAGCUUCCUCCUUGAGCUUUGGGGAAGGAUGCUGAGCCCAGGAUGCCAGCAAAUGUCUGCUUUAGUUUCCUCUGGUUUUUGUUAAGAUCUGAGAAUGACUGUUUGCAAUUUGAGCUGAUACAUAACUGCCCGAGAUCAGUGAGUUGAUUGUAUUUCAAAUUAAUGGACACAGCUCAGAUUUCAAGUCUGUUUACAGAAAAUACCUAGGUUGUAGCAGAAGAGCCAAAGACAGAACUGGUGUGGGUCAAAGGAAGCACAGCAAUUCUUGUUGGACUCUGAGCAGUGGAUGUCGUGUGGUUCCUGUUGAAGGCCUCAUCCUGAGGGGUGCUUGGCACCUUCCCCUUCCCCUGGGAGCUGAAAGCUUGGGACUCCUGGCAGGACAGGGGCUCUCAGUGAGUGACCUGAGGUACUGGUUCUUCUCCCUCUCUUUGCUUUCACUUGAAUGCUUCUGCUGGGAAGCCCCCGUGUGCAGAAUCCCUCCUUCUAGGAAUUUAGCGAAGCCUCUUGCCUCAGGGAAACGUUUAUGUGGUGGAAAUUCUGUGGGAUAUUUUUUCUUUACAUAAUGAGUGAGUGAGUGGUGUGGAGCAGAGUGGCAGCAAGGCAGGCCCACGCAGAGCAGCUGAUGGGGAGCCAGGCUGGCACCUCUGCCUUGGGGAGGCAACUUGCAGCGCUUCCAGGAUGGAAUGGGGAGGGAUAGGCUCCCAUGGCACUUACCUGGGGAUGGCAGUUCCUUUUGGCUGUAAGAGCUGCAGUUUACUAUUCUAUUUUUUUUUUAUGUGUGUGUUGGCACUGUCUUGCUGAAGAUGGUGGGGGUGGUAUGAAAAAAAUGUUAAUCUUGUACAGAACAACUCAAUAAAUUGUUUCAAACUUUCCAAAA